AUGAGCUCGGUCGCGCCGGGACCGGUGCUCGGGACGCCGAUGCGCGACAACCUCGUCGUCAUCCAGCGCAGGUCGCCCGCGCUCUCGCUCCGAAAGUGGGUGCGCCAGGCCUCGUCGCGCGCGAUCCGAAAAAUCAAGCCGGCACCGAUCGCGCUCGGCUGCCUCACUCUGCAGAACCCGGUGCGGCAACUCUGCCUCGCGCUCGUCACGUCCAAGUGGUUUGAGCGCUUCAUCAUGGUGUGUGUCCUCGCCAACACGCUCCUCCUCGGGCUCGUCGACUAUACCAACGCGAUCGACGGCGUGCCCGACCCGACGAAUCGCCGCAACAUGCUCAUCGACCACGUCAACGCGAUCUCGCUCUACGUCUUCCUCGUCGAAGCGAGCCUCAAGAUCAUCGCGUACGGCUUCCUCAUGGGCAAAGGCACGUACUUGAGCGACGGCUGGAACCGACUGGACUUUGUCAUAAUCGUCUCGGGGACGUUUUCGCUCGUCUAUUCGUCUGCAAAGCUCGGGAUCCUGCGCGUGCUGCGAAUACUUCGGCCGCUCCGCGCACUCCACUCGGUGCCGGGGCUUAAAGUGCUCACGGGGUCGCUUCUCUCGAGUCUACCGGCGCUCGGAAACGUGGCCAUCAUCCUCGCGUUCUGCUAUCUCUUCUUUGCCAUCCUCGGCAUGGAGCUCUGGCGCGGCUCGUGGCAUUAUCGAUGUCGCCUCACGCCGUUUCCUGUCCAGCUCAACGCCUCCGUGUGGAACGUCUCGGCCAUGGCUCCGACGAGCAGCUACCUCGCCAGCGUCGUCGCGACGCCAGACGCCUUCCGCUGCCUCUCAAUCGAGAACAACGAGUCGUGGCCAUCGCCCAUGCGCUGUUUCUGGCCCACGGACCCCGACGAAGAUCAUGGCACGCCGUGGCUGUGCAGCUCGUCGCCUUCGUGGGGGCGGCAGUGCGACGCCAAUCGAACGUGUGGCUCCAACUACGAUCCGUUUGGCGCCCCACGCUUUCAAGACCUGGAUCUCCCGAUGCCGUCCGACUACUCGCCGUUCUCGAUCAUGCGCCAGGCCGAAUUCAGCCCCAACCUCAACUUUGGCUUUACGAGCUUUGACAAUGUGUACAGCGUCUUCGUCAUGAUCAUCAUGAUUGUGACAGCGUCCGGUUGGAUGGUGCUCACCGAGACCACCCAAGACGCGGGCGGGGCCGUGGCCGGGUUUGUCUAUUUCAACGCCAUUUUCUUCGUCGCGGGGUGCUUUCUGCUGCAGCUCAACAUGGCCGUCCUCUUUUCCGAAUUUGAAAAAGCCAAGGAGAACCACGCGACCGUCAUGGCCCACCAGCGACGCAUCUCACUUGCGAGCUACGCCGACAGAACGUCCAGCCGCCAAUUGUUCAAGCGGCCGUCGCUGCGCCUCGCAUCGGGCACCCAUCACCGGAGGCACCAGCCCAAGUGGCGUGCGAUCGCCAAGCUGCGGCACCGCGCGCGCCGACUCAUUCGAACGCCGAUGUUCGCGACCAUGAGCAUGGCCAUGACGGUCACCAACGUGAUUGUGCUCACGACCGACCACCACCCGAGCUCGAUCGAGUACCGUGAGCUCUGCGACAUUCUCAACGGUGUCUUCCUCCUCUACUUUUUCCUCGAGCUCUGCCUCAAAGUGGCCGGCAUGGGGCUGGGGUCCUACUGGCACGACAAGUUUAACCGGUUCGACUGCUUCACGGUCGUCAUUGGCAUCAUCGAGAUGGUGCUCAAGCCGCCGUACUACAUUGACGGCACGGUCAGCGGCGCCUCUGGCUUUACAGCGCUGCGCGCGUUCCGGGCCAUCAAGAUUGCACGCGCGUGGAAGUCGCUGACAAAGCUGCUCGUGUCCAUCAUGGCGGCGAUGGGCGAGAUCCUCAACUUUCUCUUCUUCCUCGUGCUCUUCCUCUACAUCUUCGCGCUCCUCGGCAUGGAAGUGUUUGCGACCAAGUUUCAAUUUGACGCCAACAACUAUCCCAUGCCGUUCAACUCGACGUCGCCGUCGACGCAGCUGCAUCGAUCCAACUUCGACACGAUUUUCUGGGCGUUCUUCACCGUCUUUCAAGUCAUCACGUACGACGAGUACCCAAGCGUGAUUUGGGACGGCUGGAUCAGCGUCGGCGCGAUCGCGCCCUUGUACUUUUCCGCCAUCGUCGUCCUCGGCGUCUGGGUCGUCAUGAACAUGUUCUCGGCGAUCCUUGUCGAGAGCGUCAUGGUCGAGCCGCCAAAGGAGAGC